AUGUCUCCAUCUACCUUCACACGGCAUGAGAUUCAAGACAUGUUCAACAUAGCACAAUUGAAUGCUGGAAUCCUCUUCGCAAACAUCACUUUCUUACGCGACGAACUCCAAGUACUAUUCCGAGAGAAUCUCAUGGACUGCAACUUGCAGGAGGUUGUUCCGAUGAGGUUGCUAUUUCAAGCCUUGAAAAUCGAGCGCUCCAUCCUGGAUGCUUAUAAUAAGCAUCGUCUCAAUAAAGCAGUCACUAACUUCAACAAGUAUGCUGAGAGAACAGAAGAUGCUAUAGAGUACAAGGAAGAUGACAACAUUCCAGAGGAGCUCGAAUGGUUUCCACUACGCGCUAAGGUUGCAAGGCACGGUAUAGAAUAUACAGCACCACCUAUUUACCAAUUCAAAGCCACCGAAGAAGGGUCUGUCACCCACAUAGAGGUCGUUUCCAGUAAGACUGCGAAGAGCAGGCCGCCUUCUAAAGGAAAGAAGUCUACCGGUUUCGGUUCUGCAAGCUACGACAAGUUGAGGGAUGCGCCCUCGGCCUGGUUGGAUCUUCCCCAUGGCAACCUCACUUUGGUAGAGAUAACUGCCUUUGUUCCGCACGCUAUCAAAUCCUACGAUAUGAUGGACCGCUUUCUCUACAACGGCGCUACUUCGGGAACCUUUGCAACCCUUAUUAAUCAAUACCGGCACAUGCCAUAUGGGCCUAUAGGGAACAACAGCAUCUACCGCAUGAUGAAGGGACCUAUGGACCAUCGUGCAAAGGCUGAUCCGACUUACGAGAAAUGGACAGUUGCCAAGCACGCAGCUAUAAAGAAGCCUAAUGCAUUUGAUCCAUUCAGUGUUAGCGUAGCAGGCUUUCGCACUCCUGUCAAUCUCAACUCUCGUCAAUCUGCUUCUGCUACAACGCAACCUCUGCCUAGCAUCUCGUUUCACGACAUGGCAAAUGGUGUCAAAACCAUGCCAUCAGGGUACGAUGCACUAGACCUUACUCGAUGUGUGGCAUAUUGUGUGAAGCACAACGACGAAAGCUGGAGAUAUCCACAAGACUUCGAGAAACUCGUUGCUCUACUCGGAGGUGCUGCUGCUGUACAUCGCGAGCACCGAGACGAGGCCGCCAUCUUGAGACACAUGUCUGGACAGAAGCGCAUAAACGUUAAACGAGCCAGCGCACGACAGCGUGAAGAUCUCGGGCACUUCAACAGACAAAAAAAGGGCUUCAUGGUGGAUUCCGACGAAGAAGAGGCUUUGGGUGAGGAGUUUGAAGAAAACUCUGGAGAGGGUCUAGAAGAUUCGGAUUCGGAUCUGGAUACCGAGGACGAUGAUGAGCCAGUAAUUACGACUAAGAAGGGCGGCGAGCGCAAGUGUGCCUUCAAAGAUGAUAUGUCGGAUGGAGAUGAUUUCAUGCAGAAGACUGGCGGGUCAUCGAAGCGCAAACGUACUACUGAAAAUGACGAAGAUCACGGACAAAUCCCGAGCAGGCGGAUAUUCAGACGCAGCAAGAAGCCUCCACUAAAAGCGCAUGCUCAUCGUCUAAAGAAGCCGUCUUCAUCUCACCUUCGCGAGGAGAUCCUGCCCGAAGGCCUGGACUCUGAGUCCGAUGGAGACACCUAUGCUGAACCUAAGAGGUGGAACAAGAAAGCCGCUGUUACAACUCGCACCUCUGUUCGGAACCGACCAUUCAGUGGCUCGUAUAUCGCUGAAGAGGUCCCAGAAGCUAAUGAGGAGGAGAGAGGCCUGGAAGAUGAGAUUGAUGGCGCAGAAGACACUCUAAUUUAG